GAGCGGAGGGCUUGAGAGAAAAUAAAAGAAAAGAGUUAAAGAAUACUACUUUUGUCGUCUGUUGUUUCGUCUUCAUCGCAUUGCGCCGCUUUCACACACUCUCCGUCUCUCUCAAAUUGGCUCAUCUUCCCGUUAAUUCCUCCGAAUCCAAGCACGCUCCUUCGAUCUUCUCGUUUCCAAACGUUUGUUUAGAUCUUGUAUAUCGAAAUUUUCCAUUUUUUUCCCGAUCGCUAGCUCGAGCUCGCCUAUAGUAAUAUAUUUAAAGCCCUCGUCUCUUUUGAUCAAUUAGACAAGACACAAUGCUGAAAAGACAUCGCUCCAGCUCGAGCUCGAGUUUUGUAUUAAAAAGGCAUCGCUCUAGUGUGCAAGUGCAAUUGCUGCCAUACGAUGUUGUAGAGCUCAUCCUCGAAAGACUUCCCGGGAAAUCUUUGCUGAGAUUCAAGUGUUUAUCCAAGAAUUGGAAACGACAGUUGAUCCGACGUAAGCAAUUACGAGGUCCAGAUGUCCUUUUCGUCUCCCUUGAAGAUGAUGAAGCUCCGAGGAGCAUUGUGUUUGGGUCGUCAAUAGUUUCUACCGUCAAGUUCCCUACUAGUUGCUCCAUUGUUUGUUAUGGUAGUUGUGACGGCCUCGUAUGUCUCUAUUGUGUCUCCACACCGGGUUUCGUGAUCAGCCCCGCCACUAGAUGGCAUCAAAGUUUUCCUCUUUCCAGCUUUCAACAGCUCCGCAUGGACAGACUUAAUAAAGGAGAUUUUCGUGCCCCAAAUCAUAAGCUUGGAUUCGGUAAAGAUAAAGUCAGGGGCAUAUACAAGCCGGUUUGGUUAUAUAAUUCAUCUGAAUAUGGCCUAGACAACGUUACUACUUGUGAAGUUUUCGACUUUAGCACCAACGCUUGGAGGUACCUUGUCCCUGCUUCUCCUCUUCGGGUUCUUGUCUACCAUAAACCCGUGUACUUAGAUGGGUCACUUUACUGGUUCACCGCAUGUGAAGAAGAAACCAAGAUAUUAUCUCUUGAUCUUCACACCGAAACUUUCCAAGUCAUCUCUAAAACUCCCUUUCCCCAUGUAUCUAACCCACUUGAUGUCAACAUGUGCAUCCUUGAUAACCGCUUGUGCGUAUCUGAGAAAAAAUGGCCCAUCCAAGUCAUAUGGUUGUUUGACUCUUCAGGCACAUGGAAGCAAAUGUGUUCCAUAGAUCUCACCAAAACUUUUUCUUGGUUCGGGGAACCCAAAUGCGUACUCUUUCCGAUAGCGAUUCUAGACAAGAAUAAGCUAUUACUUCAUGCUCGUGAGGACUUUCAACCAGUGGAGAAACAACCUGUGGUGAUACAUGAUCUCCGUACCAAAUCCUAUGAUUUUGUAUUCAGACCUACCACUUUUGGGUUUUCUAUUUAUUAUUUCCAAAGUUUAUUUUCUGUACUACCAAUUUGAAACUAUUGUAAUCCAACAUUACUUCAUUUUGUAAUUUAAAGCUGAUUUUUUUCUC